CAAUAUUGCGAUCGUAUUCGUAUUUCAUUGCAUUCUUCCUUCAAUUCAAUAUCAAAGAAAAGAAAAUGGCGUUUGGCUCUUCUUCUUCAUCAUCUGAUGCCCGUUUGGCUGACCCAAUAUUGAAAAAUGUGGCAAUAUUUUCGCCAUUGGAACGAAAUGGGAUGGCCUCCUUCGAUCAGAAGCUGGCGAUGGCCCAGCGCUGCUCUCAUGAGGGUGUAGUCGCAGGGGCGAAGGCCGCAGUCUGGGCGACCAUCGCGACUGCAAUCCCGACCCUAGCUAGCGUGAGGAUGCUGCCAUGGGCAAGAGCUAACCUCAAUCACACGGCUCAAGCUCUGAUCAUCUCUUCCGCUGCAGGUGCUGCCUACUUCAUAGUUGCAGACAAGACUGUACUUGCAUCAGCAAGGAGGAAUUCUUUCCAGCAAGUGGACCAUCCCGACAUUGAAGCAUGACUGAUUCUGAGUCGGCUUUUGCAUCUCUUUAACCAGUUAGACAGUAUGUAAAUUUAACAUCUAUAUAUAAAUAAAUAAUGGUCUUUUGUUAUCACA